AUCUCAGUGAGCACAGGACAAGGGUAAAGAGACAGGGGAUAUUCGCUCAGGAGAGGGAGACUACAGCGGGCUGUUGUAAAGCGGAGGAUGGAGCUCGAAGGGAGACACCGGUCGCGCUCCUCAGAAUAACCCAUUUUAGAUCAGAACGAGAUAUCCAGAUGUCGAAUGUGUUUUUAGCUUGUUUUCCCAAAUUAGAUGCAGCCAUAUUCAGUUCGAUCUGAAUGGCAAAUACGUAGCCCGGUCGUAGGCUAUUCGUAGGCUUGGCUAUUUUGACAGCUGUUAAAAAUAGCGCUAUUGCUCAUAUUUGAACAGUAGCCUGAUUAUCAGACCGACAGGUAGGCUAUACAAUCCCACUCAAACCGCCGUGUUGGGGAUUCCUCAAAUGACCGACUCCACACUUGGAUUACACAGCAGAGCAGGGGGUGGAAGAAACAUUGUCGCCGGAGUCCAAACUCUCUCCCGUUUCUCCAGAGUUAUUUUGGUACCCAGCCCGGGACUGUGGCUCCCCCGGAUUUAAAAGUGUUUGUCUGGCUUUGAAUGUAAAGCUAUCUGCGUUCCCAGCCCAAUGCUUGAUAUCAGGGGUAUUGUUGAGAUUUUUGUCUUUCUAUUGUUGAAGUAGGCUGGCCUAAUUUUGCAAUAUCUGAAAGUGCAUGUUUAGUAUGAGGUUAUGUUACAAGUAUUUUUCACUUAUAUCGAGAUAUUCCCAGACUAUACCGACAUUCCUAAUAAUGUUGUCAUGUGGCAGACAAACUGCCUUGAUAUAAUAUGGGUUAAUGAAUUUGUCAUAUUUUUUUGAGAGGAAACGCCCCUUGAGAGCACCUCCUCUCUUCUCUCUCUGCCACCCACUUAUCCGGCUCGUCCAUCAUUUUGGGAGGUGAACGGUGUUUGUUAGGUUCCCCACGGCGGCUCAGUGUUCAGCACUCAGGCAGGAUGUUCGUCUCCGUGUGGUAUGCCAAAAAAAUGGGCCGGCGGUUCAUCAACAACGUCCGGAAAGCCAAGAAGCAUCCGCACCAUAUAAUGGGAAAUUCUCCUCCAGUGGUGGUGAACACUGACACGCUUGACGGCUCCCCAUACGUCAAUGGGACAGAGGGGGAAAUUGAGUAUGAAGAGAUUACACUGGAAAGAGGUAACUCAGGCCUGGGCUUCAGUAUAGCUGGGGGGACAGAUAACCCUCAUGUUGGUGAUGACCCCAGCAUCUUCAUCACCAAGAUCAUCCCUGGAGGAGCUGCGGCCCAGGACGGACGGCUGAGUGUGAAUGACAGUAUCCUGUUUGUGAAUGAUGUUGAUGUGAGGGAGGUGACCCACAGUCUGGCAGUGGAAGCUCUGAAGGAGGCGGGAGCCAUCGUCCGCCUCUACGUGCUCCGCAGGAAACCAGCCGCAGAGAAAGUCACCGAGAUCAAACUCAUCAAAGGGCCGAAAGGUCUAGGUUUCAGCAUCGCUGGAGGGGUGGGUAACCAGCACAUACCAGGAGACAACAGCAUCUAUGUCACUAAGAUCAUCGAGGGCGGGGCUGCUCACAAGGACCAGCGGCUGCAGAUAGGGGAUAAGAUACUGGCGGUGAACAGUGUGUGUCUGGAGGACGUGAUGCAUGAGGAUGCAGUGGGAGCCCUGAAGAACACAGCCGAGGUGGUUUACCUCAGGGUGGCCAAGCCUAACAACCUCUACCUGAACUCCUACAACCCGCCAGACCUUACCAGCACUUACUCCGCUCACAUGGACACAGAUCUUGGCCACCCCACCUACCUUGGAUCAGAUUACCCACAAGCCCUCACUCCCACGUCACCCAGUCGCUUCUCUCCAGUGUUGCACAGCAUGAUGGGGGAUGAAGACCUUCCCAGUCUCCUUCUUCCCCUCCAUUUCUCCUCGUCUCUCCCUGACCCUCCGUCCCUCCCCUUCUCCCCUGCUCUCUCUGUCAGGGAGCCUAGGAGAGUGCUGAUCCACCGGGGUUCUACAGGCCUGGGUUUUAACAUCGUGGGAGGAGAGGAUGGAGAGGGGAUCUUCAUCUCCUUCAUCCUGGCAGGGGGGCCUGCCGACCUCAGCGGGGAGCUGCGCAAGGGCGACCAGAUCCUCAGCGUGAAUGGAGUGGACCUGCGUAUCGCCACCCAUGAGCAGGCUGCGGCAGCCUUGAAGAACGCUGGCCAGACUGUCACCAUCAUCGCCCAGUACAGACCAGAGGAGUACAGCCGUUUCGAAGCGAAGAUCCACGACCUGAGGGAACAGCUGAUGAACAGCAGCAUGGGUUCUGGUCAGACGACACUGAGGAGCAACCCCAAGAGAGGCUUCUACAUCAGGGCCCUGUUUGACUAUGAUAAGACAGCAGACUGUGGUUUCCUGAGCCAGGCGGUGGGCUUCAGGUUUGGUGACGUGCUCCAUGUCCUGGACUGUGGUGAUGAGGAGUGGUGGCAGGCCAGGCGGGUCAGUCCGCAGACAGACGUUGAGGAGGUUGGCUUUAUUCCCAGCAAACGCAGGGUAGAAAGGAAAGAGUGGUCUCGCAUGGGCACCAAAGAGAGGGAUCACAGUCGGGACAGCCUCGGAUCUCAAGGGAGGGACGAUUCUCAACACAGCUAUGAAACAGUGACACAAGUAGAGGUGCAUUAUGCCAGGCCCAUCAUAAUAUUGGGUCCCAUAAAGGACAGGGUAAAUGAUGACCUGCUGUCGGAGUUCCCUGACAAGUUUGGAUCUUGUGUCCCUCACACCACGCGGCCCAAGCGGGAGUACGAGGUGGACGGGCGGGACUACCACUUUGUGUCGUCACGGGAACAGAUGGAGAAGGACAUCCAGAGCCACCGCUUCAUCGAGGCGGGCCAGUACAACAGCCACCUAUACGGCACCAGCGUCCAGAGCGUGAGAGAGGUGGCGGAGCAGCAGGGGAAACACUGUAUACUGGACGUGUCGGCCAAUGCUGUCCGCAGACUACAGGCCGCUCAGCUACACCCCAUCGCCAUCUUCGUCCGGCCCAAGUCACUGGAGAAUGUCCUAGAGAUCAACACUCGUCUGACAGAAGAGCAGGCCAGGAAGGGCAUGGACCGUGCUCUCAAACUGGAACAGGACUUCAUAGAGUGCUUCUCAGCUGUGGUGGAAGGUGACAGCUUCGAGGAGGUUUACCACAAGGUGAAGACGGUGAUCGAGGAGCAGUCGGGGCCUUACAUCUGGAUCCCCACCCGGGAGAGGCUGUGAGGCUGCCCCAUAAUCCACCUCCACCCCCCCCCCCCCCACCCCCCCCAACCACCCUCAGCCAGUCUGCCCUCCAGCCCAACCAGCGCUCAGAGAGACAGAGAGAGACACAGAGAGACACUAAGGCAGACACACACACACACACACACACACACACACACAAACAAACACAAACACACACAGGGGGACACGUGAAGAUAGAGACACAUAAUCACACAGAGAGAGAGACACAGAGUAAUACUAAAAGACAGACACAGGUAUAGAAACCCAGAGAAACAGGUAAGGACAGUAUUUAAUCAGUAUUCAUAUAUAAUCCAUGUGUGGUGAGUACUGAGCGAGACAGAGAGGUGACCAAGUUGGGCGUGGCAAGGCAGGGCGGUGGGCGUCCCCAGGAUAAGCACAGGGUAACGGAUCGCCAUCUCCCCCUCUCCGUCUCCCUCAGUCUCAUUGGCUGCCUAUGACAUCCCCACUGACAAACAGGCGGGCAAAACCAUCAGCGGCCCCUCCGAUCCCUCCUUUUUUUAUAUCCCUUUGCCUCCUCUCCUCCUCCUGUCAACUCUCUCUCUCCAUUCAGGACAUGAAACGGAGAGAGAGAGAGAGAGAGAGAGAGAGAGAGAAGGAGUGCAUAGACUAUGGAGGGACACACAGAUCAUAUUGAGUCCCUCUGACCCGGAGGAGGCUCUAUUCUAGUGAAAAGGCUUUGCUCCGUGUAUGAACAACUAGGAACAUCAUCCCACUAACCAAGACUGGCAUUCGCUCAAUCACCCAUGAAUAGCAUUUGCGAGGGCAUUUUUCAAAAGCAGCUCAAAUAUAAACUCAAAUUCUGAAUUUGUGCAUGCGUCCUCAAAGACAACAGAUAUGGGAGUUGAGGAAAAUGGUGGAUAAUAAGAAGAAAGGAUGUAGAAGAAGAAGAGGAGAAACCCGUUUCCCCCUCCAUGUUGAUGGGCGGGGAGUUUCUAGCAUGUCUCAGCAGAGAGAGGAGCAGAGCGGUACAGAUGGAGAAAGAGGGGCUAACUCACUGUGUGCAUAGACAAUGGAAGACCUCGUGUAUAACCUCUGGGUCUCUUCUGUAAGGCACACACAGUCAGCCGUACAGCAGGGCCAUUCUAAAUCCACCCGGCUCUUCUCCAGAAGCACUGGGCGGUCUGCCCUGUUUGUAACGACCAGGCAGAUUCCAUGCUGAAUGUUCUCUUAAGGCACAACAGCAGAGUCCUUAGCUUCAGCGCUUUAGUGUUAAGAGCACCACAGCCAAUUCUCUGAUCACUCUUCCAAAUAGACCCUCAACAACCCACACACAGUGUUCUCACUGGCCUGUGUGUGUGUGUGUGUGUGUGUGUAUGUAUGUGUGUGUGUGUGUGUGUGCGUGUGUGUGAGUGUGAGUGUGUGUGUGGACUGUGUGAGGAUUAAAUCUCUCUUCCUCUCUACCACUCUUUCUCUGCCUCUUUCUUUCACUCUCUCUUUCUUUCCUCACAAAUUAAGGCUACGUAUAUAUAACACGUUUAACAGACAAAAAGGCCUAUACAAAUAUAUAUUUUUAAUGACGAUUUAUAACAGGAGUUAGAGCCUGUAAAAUGUAAUAUCUCUUCAACAAUAUUCUAUUGCUUUGUUUGGGUAAACUUUCUCUUGUGUUUGGGGAUUUGUUUUGGUCCUUGACCAUCGAUUUGCCCUGCCACAACACACAGUCCUGACACACAAACACACAAAGAAACACAUAAUAACUGAGGUAUAACUGAGAUAUAACUGAGAAAUAACUGAGGUAUAACUGAGGUAUAACUGAGGUAUAUCUGAGAUAUGACUGAGCUAUAACAGAGCUAUAACAGAUAUAUCUGAGAUAUAACAGGUAUAACUGAGCUAUGACUGAGCUAUAACUGAGCUAUGACUGAGCUAUAACAGAGCUAUAACAGAUAUAUCUGAGAUAUAACAGGUAUAACUGAGCUAUAACUGAGCUAUAACUGAGCUAUAACUGAUAUAACUGAGCUAUAACUGAGCUAUGACUGAGCUAUAUCUGAGCUAUAACUGAGCUAUGACUGAGCUAUGACUGAGCUAUAACUGAGCUAUAACUGAGCUAUAACUGAGCUAUAUCUGAGAUACAACUGAGAUAUAACUGAGCUAUAACUGAGCCUCAGUGCAGCAUGUGUAUUAUCUUCUCCAGUUACACAUCUCACUUCCUGUGGCUAGAGUGUUUUGAGUUGAGGUACAGUAGCUAUAUAAUACACUAGUCCAAUCUUAUGGAUGGGGUAAGGUGGUGUGUGUGUGUGUGUGUGUGUGUAUGCGUGUGCAUGUGUAUGUGGGCGGUUGUGCAUGUGAAUGGGUGGGUAUGCAAAUGUGUGUGCUUGCGUGUGUGAGUUCCAGGCUCAUGAGAUUUGGUGCAAUAGUGUAAUGAUGAUAUGCAAUGAGACUGGGUUUGGGUGUCUUCGAAGAUAUAUAAUAAUACGUUAUAGGUAUGAUAUAUAAGUAUAAUAAUAUGUUUGCACUGACAGCAUUAAUACAGGUUUUAAUAGGGGGAGUGAGAAUAAGACAAAAUAAAAUAUGGAUUCCAGGGGUUUACAGACACUCGUUUGUAUUUUUAACCAUUUGUUUAGAACUUUUGAUUUGACGUUUAAAGAGUGAAGUUACUGGUGGAAGUGACCGUUCAUAUUUAUUGUUCUUUUAUUUCGGCUCACUUGCUUUUCCCAGUGAGAGAUGGAAAGUAGUAAUGUUUUGGAUUGAUUAUUUAUUAUUAAGUGCUCUCACUGUUUCAGUUUUAUUCACUUAGAAGUCUGUAUAUUCUAAUUUGUAUCAUUUUUUUUUUUUUUUUACUUAAAGAAAUCUCAGUUUUUGGGGACUGGCCAGAACUGUUGUAAAUACAGAGAUGUGUGGGGUGUGGGACGCUCUUGCAAUGCAUACUGCUCAUUGGACAUUAGAGAAACCAUCAGUCUCAGCACUGGGACCUGAGCCCACAGCCCUACUACCCCCUCUAAUACACAGGAACACAUCACUUUGAGUGGGUCUCACACACACACACACACACACACACACACACACACACACACACACACACACACAAGGCUAAGAUAUCAGCACUUCUUAUUCUCUCUCUCUCUCACACACACACACACACACACACACACACACACAAACAUACACAAGCACACACAUUCUACAUGAAUGGAAUAAUAGUAUGUUAUUAAUUUCUUUAUUUGAAAAAUCAAAUGUAUUUCUUAUUCUCUGUCUCAGACAUCCAUAUCAUAGUGUGAUACUCCUAAACAAAAUAUAUAUACAUUUUUACUGAAUAGACUGAUGAUAAAAUUACAUCGAAGUCAACUGAUGCAGAACAUAUGUUUAAAAUGAUUUAUCUUGCAAAAGAUAUUUAACAAUGACAAUAUCAAGCAAACUAAUAUGUUUCAUUUAAGUGAAUCGCUUGUUGUAAAUUAGCUAUAAAGACAAGACAAUUAAUUAAAAUAAGCUUUCUGGAA